AGGGAUAAAAACACGGCUCACUUUCACAUCCACGCAGGAAGCCUAACCCAGCUGGAGCUCUGAGCAGGCAGAGAGGCUGUCCAGCUGUGAGAAGAGGUCGCUGUAUCGUGGGUCAGGAUGAGUUCUGUGCUGACGCUCAUCUGUACGUUUCUGGUGCUACAGAUGGUCACACACUGCACAGCGAAAGGCAGAGGGGGGCAGCUGUUCUCCAGAACACUACAGAACCCAAAAGUUCCGCAUUGUCUGAAUGGGGGCACAUCAGUCUCCGCUCUCUUCACAGGACGGCACAUGUUUUGUUUGUGUCCUGAUGGCUUCAGCGGCUCCUCCUGUGAGAUUGAUGACUCUGAGUCCUGUAUCAUUGGUAUGGGUCUGCGGUACCGGGGCCCUGUGGCUCAGACGGAGAGGGGGCGAAAAUGUAUGGAAUGGGAUCCGGAAAGCAGCCUGAGCGUGUUUGGUUCAGACAGCAGGGCUUUGGGUCUGGGACGACACAACCGCUGCAGAAACCCAGACUACAGCAGGAAGCCCUGGUGCUUCGUACAGGGGAAGUACGGUAGAGUUAAAGAGUACUGCAGUAUUCCACACUGCAACACAGAGCCUGCCCCACCAGCCCCACCAGCCCCACCAGCCCCACCACUGUCUCCCACCAGCAGCUCAGACUCAGGCUGGCGUUGUGGUGAACGUCCUGCACUGAGGUUAAAGAUCGUGGGCGGCUCUCUGAGCACAGUGGAGCUUCACCCCUGGAUGGCCACAGUGUUCUGGAGAUCAUCGGAUCAGAGCAGAGUGUUCCGCUGUGCUGGGAGCCUCAUCGCCUCCUGCUGGGUUCUCACGGCAGCGCACUGCUUUCCUGACGGUGCUGACACUGAUGUCUGUAGGCUGUGGGUGGUCCUGGGGAAGGCCGCCCUGAAUGAAACGGACCAGAGGAAAGAGCAGGAGUUCGGAGUGACGGAGCUCCACACGCAUGAAAACUUUGACAUCAUUGACGACAGCUUCAACAACGACAUCGCAUUGCUGAGGAUCAGUGGUCCGGAUGGUGCCUGUGCGGUAGAGUCCAACUCCGUGAGGACAGUGUGUGUCGCUGCUCCUGAUUCCACACUUCCAGACGGAACUUCCUGCGAGAUUGCUGGAUACGGGAAAGAAGAGCAAGGGUUGUGGUAUAACUCUCAGUAUCUCAGAGAGGGAAAAGUCAACCUGCUGCCACAGGAUUUAUGUUCCAGCAAGAGGUACUAUGGCAACAUGAUCACCGAAAACAUGCUGUGUGCUGGAGCUCCAGAUUGGAGUGUGGACGCCUGUAAGGGGGACUCUGGUGGUCCGUUGGUGUGCAGUGUGAACGACAGCCUGUUCCUGUACGGAGUGGUGAGUUGGGGUGAAGGAUGUUCCAGAGAGUUCCGACCUGGGGUUUAUACAAGAGUCUCUAAAUACAACCACUGGAUCCAGCAGAAAACGGGCCAGAUCCCAAACACUGCGACAUCUCAUCACCUGCAGGAGUGACCCGCACCUCCACACACUCCACACACAGCAUUUCUGAAAGAGAAUGUGUAUCAGUUUAAACAGUAUUCCCCUUUACUUUCUCCACCAAUUGUACAGGGAGGUUCACUCGAAAGAGGCCCCGAAUAUUCUGUAAUAACUCCCUCUAGGACGAAGCAAUCUGAACCAAACAAUGUGCAAAGAGCUCCUCAGUACAUGGAGCUUCGAAUAAGCUGGGAUGCCCCUGCAUCGGAGCGAUGGGGUAGGCGCUGGACAGCCGUCGCAAUGUUUAACCUCUCUAAUGCUUUCCGAUACCACAAAAUACACUGCAUCGAAAUGUGUCUGGCAGAAAGUAGAGAUCACUUCCAGCAUUGCAGGUAAUGCAGUCGAUCAAGGCAUGUAGAGCAGUUUUUGGUGCAGAUGGUUUCAUCCUAACAGGAGUUACAGCAGAAUAUUCGGGGCCUCUUUCGAGUGAAUCUCCCUGUAGUUAAUUAGUCAAGCCAUGUUUAGUGCCUGCAGUUUGUUUCUUUGGUUUUGCACUGGGACUAUAAGUGGGCUUGAGCUGGUUGGCAAUAGUAUCAUCAAUCACCGACAGUUUCCAACUGUGUCGAUGUGAUGUUAGUCCAAGUCCUGAAUCAGUCCUAAUGUGUCUUCUGGGUCUAGAACAUUCAGCAUUUUUCUUACCCGUGGUCAUACUUGUGUAACCGAUAAAGCCGUGCUGCAGCCUUCCACACACGGAAUGGCUUUUCUCACCAAACACGAAAGGGGGGCUUAGAAGGCUUUUAGGGUUUGAUUACGUCAGUCAUUAAAAACGAGAAAGAUGUGGGGCAACCGUCUAAGCGUUGGCUCUGUCACCAGGAGAUCACGAGUUCAGUCCCUGGUGAUGCUACAGCUGUCCGUGGUCGGGAGACCAAGAGAGCUGUCCUCUCUUUCUCUGGGUGGUCAGAAUGGACCCCCCCUGCCAUCACUCAGCUCGAUGCUAGUCUAUUAAUUGACGUGACAGGUCUGGCGGUUAGUGUUCUUCUCUGAGAGCGUUCAGCUGUCCAUAGACAUUGCGUUCGUGGCAGAUGCUUCCCAGGAAUCGGAGGAAGCCUGCGCUGUCUUUCGCCCUCCUAGCACUGGUGGUGUCGUGUGAUUGAGGGAGCCCUAACUAAUUGGAUACGUCUGAAUUGAGGAGAAAAUUGGAAAUAUUGGAAUUGGCAAUAGCUAUAGCUUCCUUUAGUCUAUUUCACAGAGUUAAAAUUUAAUCAUUUCACUAUUUUAACGAGGCCUACAAUAAACCUACAAUACAAACUGUGAAACCACUAAACCACCCCAGAACAUCAUCCCUGCUGACCGCUGGGGUGUAGGCUUCCGUUACCUGUUAGCUUCGUUAGUGUAUCGUCCGUUCACGCUCGGUCCUGGUCGUUCUGUUUGCCUUUUUUCUUGGUUUUCUAGUGCUGUGUGUGUUUUUGUUUAUCUGCCGUGUGCUUUUGUUUUCUUGUGACAUGUGCUUUUGUUGUCUUGUUGGCUCCUCCCCUGUCCUGCACCUGUUCUUUGUCUCCCAGCCCCGCCCCCUCAUUGGUCUCAGGUGUUUCUCGUUUUCUGUUGGUAUUUAUACCCCUGUGGUUGCUCAGUCCCUUCGUCUUGCAUUGUGUGUCUAUAUAUUCUGUUGCUUGUUUCCCCUCGUUGUUGGUUUUGUUUCUUGUUUGAUUCUUGUUUACUUUGUUGUGCCGUAUAAUGGAUUUGUCUGUCCCCCUCACCUCUGUUGCUGUGUUUUUAAAAUCUGACUCGUGUUUUAAUAAAAUCAACUCGCACUUGCA